GAGAGCAUAGUUUUUAGUAUGAUGUUAGACACAAAGCGUAGGAAAUAUUUUGAGCUGAAUAUAUGUUCAGGGUCCAAAAAUGUAAAGAAUGCUGUUCUGGAGGCAGCAAUUUUAGGCUAUGAUGUUGUAGCAGUUAACACAGUUAUUGGUCACUCAAAUGAAAUGGCCAAGAAAUCAAAGAAAAAACAAAUGAAGAAUGAACUUGUAUUAACAUCUCCCAUUAAACUACAAAUCACUUCUCCUGAUUUGCAGAAACACAAGCUCUGUUCUGCUCCCAAAAUAAUAUAUCGUCUAACUAUCACUUUGUGGACUGAGCAAGAUAAUAUAAGAGAGUUGGUGGCAGCUGCUCAAUCUAUGUACGACAUUGUUGCUUUGACUCCAAUGACAGAUGCUGCUUUGAUUCAGUGUUGCCAGUUGGGCGUUAGUCCUGACAUCAUCAGUAUUGAUGGCUAUACUGAGAUCGGGAAUGAUGCACUGAAACGUCUGUCCACUGUUCCCAUGAAUGACACCUUCGUUGAGCUUCUGUAUUAUCCGUGUGUGGGCUCCAGCUCUUCUACGGCACGUCAAUCAAGCAUCCGCCUUAACCAGAGCGUUGUGAGAGCUGUGCGCGGUCGCCACGUUUUUGUGAGCUGUGGUUCAUCUGAAACUGCCUGCCUUCGUUCACCUCGUGACGUUUUAGGCUUUUGCUCACUCAUGGGACUGUCCGAGGAACAGGCGCACGCCGCUUUGUCUCGCGUGUGUGCCGAUCUUCUCUUCUGUGCUGCUCGGCGUAGACGACAAACCUUAACCAAACAGAGAAGUUCCUACACAACAAAGGCGGUAAUCAGUAGUGAUGUCGUGCUUCCUGUCGCUGUGAUCAAGAGAAACAUUGUCGAGCAUGCAAAACGAAGUAUCAUGUCUACAAAUAUCAAACGACCUGUUAAACGGCAAAAAAAUACGAAUAAAGCUUGAAGUACAUUUCUACCGGCUAUUUCCCUUCCGU